AUGUCUGGCCCUGGCGUCGGUUUCGAGUAUCCUCCCACAGAGGUGUCAUGGCUGAAGCGUGACGUCCUCCUCUUUGCCAACUCGAUUGGCUGCAAGGCUGAUGAGCUUCACUUUUUAUAUGCAACCUUCAAGACCAACACCCAGGAGGUGAUCGACUUCUACGCCGCCCAAAAGUCCAUCACCAUCCCCGGCGUGCCCGAGUUUGACCCGACCCGCGUCGUUGACGGCCAGCGCCGCAUCGAGUUUCUCCGCCCUCUGCCCGCCACCUCGGCCGGCAAGCGCUUCGAGGCCCGCACCAAGGUGCUGGGCGUGUACGACAAGGGCCGCCCGGGCACCGUGGUGGAGACGCAGACGGACCUGGUCGACGCCGGCACGGGCGACGUGUACACGCGCGCCACCGGCUCGGCAUUCUACGUCGCCCAGGGCAACUGGGGCGGGCCCAAGGGCCCCGCGACGGUCAACUACCCGCCGCCCAAGGGCAAGGCGCCCGACGCCGUGCUCGAGGACGCCACCACGCUCGAGACGCCGCUCCUGUACCGCCUCAACGGCGACUACAACCCCCUGCACGCCACGCCCGAGCCCGGCGCAAAGAUGGGCUUCGGCGGCGUCAUCGUCCACGGCCUCUGGCAGUGGAACUCGACCUGCCACCAGCUGCUGCGCCACCUCGGCGGCAGCGACCCCCGCAACAUCAAGGAGUACCAGGCUCGCUUCGCCAGCCCCGUCCGCCCCGGCGUCAAGCUCGCCACCUCGGUCUGGAGGACCGGCAAGGUCGAGGAUGGCUUCGAGGAGAUCAUCUUUGAGACCAAGGUCGUCGGUGGCAAGACGUGCCUCAGCAACGGCCGCGCCUUGAUCAAGGUCGUCGGCCCCGCAAAGGGUGCCAAGUUGUAG